CCCGGACCGCUUUGGGCAGGCAGCCCUGAGCAUGCCGCUUCCAGGCCGGGCUCCGAGCCUCUGGCUCCCGCUCAGGGUUUUCGCGGGCGGCGGGAGCGGGAUGGCUCGCUUGAGUAAACUCCGGGGGGAGGGGGAGAGAGAAGAGAGAGAGGCGGGGUCAGCGGAAGCGGCAGGUUGCUUCCUCCUCCGCGCGCGCCCUCCCCGCGCUUCGCCCCGAGGGAGCGCCGGGCGGGGGGCGGGCCGGGCCUGGGGAAGGUAGUGACACGUGUCAAUCAACCCCCCGGCGGGGGGCGCGCGCUCCGGGGCUCGCGCCGAGGGCUCGCGCCCCUGCCUCGUGCCUGCGCCGCUCGUAUGUAAAUGAGGGCGCGUGACGCGGGACGCAGAUGGACAAGGGAAGAGAGAGAAUGGCCGCUGCCGCCGCUGCUGCCGCCGCCGCCGCCGCCGCCGCCGCCGCCGCUCAGUGCCGGAGCCCGCGGUGCGCGGCGGAGAGGAGGGGAUUCCGGCGGGAGCUCGACUCCUGGCGCCACCGCCUCAUGCACUGUGUAGGUUUUGAGAGUAUUUUAGAAGGGCUUUAUGGACCACGGCUACGAAGAGACCUCAGUUUAUUUGAAGACUGUGAACCAGAAGAGCUGACUGACUGGUCUAUGGAUGAAAAAUGUUCAUUUUGUAACCUACAGAGAGAAGCAGUCAGUGAUUGCAUGCCAUCUCUCGAUUCUUCACAGUCAACACCAACAGAGGAACUAUCAUCUCAGGGCCAGCCCAACACUGAAAAGAUUGAAUGCCAAGCAGAAAAUUACCUAAAUGCGCUCUUUCGAAAGAAAGAUCUUCCUCAGAACUGUGAUCCUAACAUUCCCUUAGUUGCUCAGGAAUUAAUGAAAAAGAUGAUACGUCAGUUUGCAAUUGAGUAUAUUUCAAAAAGUGGUAAAAUUCAUGAGAAUAGAAAUGGUUCAAUUGGACCAAGUUUAAUAUGUAAAAGUAUUCAAAUGAAUCAAGCAGAAAACUCUCUUCAGGAAGAGCAGGAAGGCCCCUUAGACCUCACUGUGAAUCGAAUGCAAGAACAAAAUACUCAGCCAGGGGAUGGCGUGUUAGAUCUCUCUACAAAGAAAACCAGCAUAAGAUCUGAAGAGUCAUCUAUAUGUGAACCACCUUCUGAAAAUGCAUUGGCUGGUUCAACUGUUGAUGCAAAAUCAGAGGAAGCUACUAAAAUGGAAAAAGGAAUAUCAGCAUUAAGCAGAGUUUUGGAAACUUUGUGCAAACAUCACCAGCAGCAAGUUUUGGCUAUGUUGAAAUUUCUAGUCCAAAAGCAGAAUGCCGCUUCUCUCUGCUGUUACAAUACAUCAUAUACUGUGUCUUCAGAGUCUCAGAAGCCUUUAACUGAAGAUGAUUUGCGUGGUUUAUUCUGUAGUUGUGAAUAUAGACUGGCAGAAAGAGGGUGUUUACAAAAUGAAAGACAAAGCCCUGGUUUUGUGCCUCUGCCAGUCUGUAUAAAAGAUAUGCAUGGUUUAUCUUGCCAAACUGUAACAAUCGCAAACCUUAAGACAGUAGUGAAUAGAGGAAUUGCAAGUAGUUGUCAUUCUCACAGGGGCUGUUCUGGGCUGUUAGCAAACAUUCAUUCUCCAAAACCAGCCAUUCAGACUCCUGUUUUGUCAAGGGAAGUAUGUGAUGUUUCAUUGAGACAUAAAGCUGUUUGUAGGUCUCGAAGUCCCUCACCUCCACCACUAUCACCUGUACAGACUGAAGAAUCUGAUAAGUUGAAGGAUGUCAUCUCAGAACCGUCAGCCUUAGAAAAUAACAGACUCGAAACAAACAGUAGCCAGCCUCCAUCUCUCACACCAGCAGCAGUUAUCAGUGACAUGGGUAGUCAUGAAAGUAAAAUACAUACAACUAACAAGUUGGAAGACAGCACUAGUUGUACUGUCGAUCACGAAAAAGGUGAAACUGCUGUAAUUUUUCAAGAUUUAAUGGACCGUAUUAAUGAAAAAUUGAAAUCAAUUGAAACCACAGAUACAACGAAUAUUCUAAAAUUAUCUAGCAAUGAUUGUAAUUCAGAUAAUGAUUUAAAGCUGAGAAACUUAAUAGCCUCUCUCUUGCAUAAUGCCAAGGCCAGUGAUUACAGUUUCAUGGAAUUGCUGAGUCAGCACGAUAAGGUAGAAAAUAAAAUUAUUCAGACAAGAUUUCGAAAGCGUCAAGAAGCCUUAUUUGCAAUGCACAGCUCUCCUGAUUCACCCAUCUUUAGAAGGCAGACUCUACAAAUAAAAAGACAGCUUGCUAGUCUUGAUCAAAGUUUUAUAAGAAGAAAGCACACUGAAAAAAAUUCAAGGAAAUUGACACGUAAUGAAAUGUUUUCGGUGGACAAAGAAUUCUGCCGUUGCCAAGGAUCCUCUUUACAAAAUUUGAAAAGUCUUCAAGAUACAAAUCACAGAGAAACAUCUUUCUCACCAGAUUAUCCAUUAGAAUCCUUACAACUACCCUGUCACAGUUUAGAGACCAACUUGACUUUUGAUGUAUUUUCAGAAAGUUUUAAAACAGCCUCCACAGAGAAAAAGAGUAGAAGAAAAUCACAGGAGAACACUGCAGCUGGAAAAAACCGUUUACAAAACCCUAGGGAGAAUCCAAAAUUUAAGAAUAUGCCACCUCCUUUGGAAAGUGCCACCCCAGAACUGUUGAGCAGAACUAAACGAAACAUUGUACCUCCGGGGUGGUACUCUAUAUAUAUAACCGAUAACUGCACCUUUAAAAAAUCCCCCAAGUUCAAAAGUGUUUGGGAAUCGACCAAAAGAAAAGAUCCAGCAAGAAAUACUCAAACUGAAAACUUACGCAGCAUUGACCUAAACAAAAUUGCAAUGAAUUCUACCUUACAGGUUGUUGUGGAACGUUUGGAAGAUACAAUAAAUAUGACCAAAAUACCUUGGGAUAAUCACUCAUCACCAGGAGGACAUAAAACACUCAGGAAACUGACAGAAAUUGAAGGGAAAGAUCAGAAUGCUGGUGGUAGACAUGCAGAUCUUUGUGUAAACCGAAUGUCAUACCAAGAACAGAGUUUAUCUGUGACAGCAUCUAGCAAGCAUAUGCCUACAAUAGAUUGCCGUAGCAAAAGCCUUGAUAAUCUAAAAAGGUCAUCUAUUUUCAAUAAGGGCAGCUUGAAUUCCAGUCUUGGAAAUGGGCCAGAAAAAGAUGAAGCCAAUAAAAGGCCUUUUCCUACCUAUUCUAGUCCCAUUAAACUCAUGUUUUUAUCUGAAGUUAAAAGCAGCGAAGGAAUCAAAUAUAUUUUAACUUCAGUUGAUAGUUCUGAAUCAAAUAUUGAUCUCCCCCCUGAAAAACAUUCAACUCAUCAUGCAUUUGGAAAAAUAAUAGAAACAAGCAUUCCUAUCCCCAGUGUUAACUUUGAAAAGUGUGGUGCUAGUCUUGAUGACAGUGACUUACUUGAGAGAGAACUGAACAAAUUGAAUUGCGCAAAACCAAGUGCAGAAUCCACUGUAUUGUUUACCGAUGGCAGUGAUCGUGAUAAGCCACAAGAAGAGCCUAAGGCAAAUUCAAGCAGUGGUACUGACUCAUCUUUCAAAAGGAAACCAGGUCGACCGAAAAAAAUAGGUCCCCAGGUUAUGAAGCAGAUUAAGCGACCGAUUGGAAGACCAACGAAAACUAAAACGGAGCAAACAGACUUCACCCUUUGCCACAGUGAGUCAUGCCAGGCUGGAAAGGGAAGCCCAGGGUCUCUCAUAUCCAAGGUAGAAGGAGGUAUUUCUAAAAAGAGCAUUACAGUCACUGUUAUUUAUGGAAGAUCAAGAAGAGCUAAGAGGCACGUCUCUGAAGGAACCGUAAGCAGCAUGAUGCCUUUAAAUAAUGUUGCUGAUUUUCCAGCUGAAGACAGCAGUCUGGGAACUAUCAGAGAUUAUGAGGAAGGCUCAGGUGAAAGACUGAGUGCCAUUGCUAGUCUGACUACCGAAAGGAAACUCUUGGGGUCAGGUUUUGAAUAUGUCGGACUGAUUAAGAACCAGUCUGUGAUAUCUCAGCCUUGCAAGAACAUCAUUCGGCCAAAUCAGAAAGCUCUGGUAAUAAAUAGGAAGCCUGGUAGGCCCGCAAAAGUGAAAAUCUCUGGCAUAUCUGUGACUAUUCAUAGAAUUUCACCUCAGGAAAGAGAAGUAAGUAUGAGUAGCUGCUUGGCUCCUUUAGAACAAAAGACCAUAUUAGAAGAAUACCUGCCUGGAGAACAGCAUGGCCGCCAGUGCAGUAAGAUGAAAACACGGCCAACUAAAGCGGAAGCGUUGAAGCUUGCAGCACAGAGCAUGGGUGCUACUAGACCUUUGAGGCAUUCUGUUAGGGAAAGAAGACCAUCACGGCAUCUCUUACAUUCACUAGCAUCAUCAAAUUCACUUAUUUAUAGAAAAGCUCUGCUCCACAAGUCAUAUAAACUCCGUAUGCAGAAAGGGAAAAUUCAAAGGGAAAAAGACAAACAGUCACGGAUAAAAAUAGCUUCCAAAAGUACUCCUGGGAGUAGAAAUUCAAGGAAUACAAGAAAAUGUUUGGAAGAUAACAAACUAGUACCCACUUCUGAAGUAUCCUUGGAUUCUAUAAUCUCAUCAAACCCUUUGCUCAAGUGGUGGACGGCUUCUUCUUCAAAUGAUUCCUUACUAGAGGAAUUAAAUAAAAGGUUUGAACAGAUAGCAAAUGCUUGGGUGCAAGUGAGUGGAGAUGAAACUGAAAAUAGUGUCCACAAAAAAAGAGAACACUUUGAAAAUGACAAUUUCAGAGUAACAAACCCUUUGGAAACCUGUCUUUUAGGAUUUGAAGUUUCACCUGUAAAAAUGCUCUUUCAGAAAAAGUAUGAUUUGAAUGAACUCUGUACCUGGUUUAUGCAGACAACAGAAACACAGUCUCUUUCACUAGUUAGAAAAGCAAACGCGAGAAACCCUUGGGAAGUAGUAAAUACCAGAGGAAUUCAAAUAGGGACCAAGCACACUGAUUUUAGUUCUACUCCCUUUAGGAAGCAUUUUAAAAAGUUUGCACUAUCUUCUCCUUCCAAACCAGCAGGCAAGUUGCAUAUACUUCAGAAAAUGGUGAACUCUCCACUCUUAAAUGUGAAAAGCAAUUUAACACUAACUAGAUUAAAAAAGACUGAGUUUAAGAGAUUACACCGUGAAAGGUGGAGACAAGAAGGAAAGCAUGGAACUGUUGACUGGAUCUCUAAAAGGAGGAAUUUAAGAUUUUUCUGCCAGAAUAAAAUUUGUAGUAAGACCGAGAGGGCAACAGAUGGUGACAUACCAGUCCAAGGUAAAAAAACAGGCUAUUCCCAGUCUGCUUUGCCAUCUAUGAUCAGGGAUGACAUUUUGCUACAGAGAGUGACAGUGUCUGACUUGAAAACACAUGCUAGCUUAGAGAAUACCUUUCAGUCAGAAGCAAAGGAGAAUGGAAAAGAUUGCAUGGAAAGAGACUUUGAAAGGGGACCAAAACUAGGAAAUGCAUGUCCAAAUAGCUGGAGAGCAAAAACUUUAAAAGACUGUAGAAUAUUUUUGAGGAAGCUCAACUACCUUGAACACAGCAAUACUUUUAAGCUUAAUACGAUCAUUUGUACUCCCGAACCCACUGAGAGUAGACAUCAGACUGACAUAGAAGAAUCAAAGCGCUUUACUUUAAGAUCUCAUUCUGCUAGGCCAGAUUGUUUUAAAAGUCAGUCUAAAGAAAUAGAACAUGCUAGCACAAAUAGUCCUUCAGCUGAUAAAUUUACUGGCCAACUUGACAGGUGUAAACUAAAUGAGUGUGUUAACUAUGACAAGGAUCCUUCCGAUAGUUCUGACGUUCUUAACAAAUUAAGCAAACGAAAAAGACCACCAUGGAAGACCACAGAAAUGUCAACAAAAAGACAUAAACGGCAGUCUUGUAACAGUGGACAAAUGGCAAACUAUUAUUCAAAGUCCCAACUAGCAUGCUACAAAUGAACACUGAUGAGAAACUGAACUUGCCUGACGGGGAUAACGCAAGCUGCCCGUUGAGUCCCAUUAAGAUGUGCCUUAACCGUCCCGUUGAAUGGAAUACGGCGAGCUGCACGGUUCAUAACCAAAAUCUCAACGGC